GAGAAUUUGAGAAUCAAAUAUCAAAAGAUGCUUAACUUAAUGAAGUGAUAAUGGUGAGGAGGGAUUAAGUGGUCAGAGCAAAUUUGACUUUGACUUCCUCUGUUUGAUGUGGAAACUUUUUCUUCCUGUCUUUGCUUCAGAGCUGCAGUAGGUUCUUCAGUGUUGUGUGGUGAGAAGCAGAUUCAUUUUGAAACAUUUUAUUCACUGCAGCAACAUGACGAUCUUUCAGCUUCAGCUCUAUGUAUUAAUGUUUUGUCAGUAUGCAGUGACAGAUCUUUUAACUGAUGUGGGAUCAAAUGUGACCAUAAACUGUGAUCUUGAUGAAAAGGAGGUUUACUGGAUUUUACUGAAAGCAGCAGAUCCUCCAGCAGUCAUUCUACAGUCAUUCUCAACAUCAGCUUUUUACCAUAAUGUAAUAUUCCAAAAGAAAUAUUCAGUGCAGUUUAAACAUCGUCUGGUUAUUAAUAAUGUGACUGCUGAUGAAUUAGGAGUUUAUUACUGUAUGAACACACGCAUACCUCCAAAACUCAGCAACAGCACCAGAAUAUACUUCAACGAACCAACUGAGUGUCACAAUCACACAGUGACUGAGUAUAUCGAGCAGAAUCAGACACUAUGGAAGAGUAUUAUCAUCAUAUCUGGACUGAUGAAUGGGCUUCUGGUUAUUGUAGUUGUCGGACUGGUAAAGGUUUUUGUUGUUGGAAACAGAAGGUCUGCAAAAAAGCCAGAACAACUCAACUCUUAUCUACAACAGACACAAGUUACAGAGCCACAUCGGGACCAGUUACAGUAUGCCACGGUGGACUUUUCCAAGCUGCGUAGAAAUAUUCCGUCCAGCCAAAUCAACAGCACGUAUGCUGCUCUUAACCUGCCGAAGUCAUGAAUAUAUGAGUAUGAUUGAUUUUAUACUUCUUUGGUUCAUAUUUUCAAGAUGUUCAACGCAAACAUUUCUUAUAUUUUAAACUCGACUGGAUUAAAUAUUAUUAAUAUUUCAACCUGCUUUCUAAAGACUGGUUGGAAGUCAUGAGGUCACAUUUAUUUUACAGAAUUGACAAUCACAAUUUUGUAUUUCUUUUUAUGUAUAUUUCUGAAGAGUACUCAAAUAAUUAGUAGAAAAUAUUACCUGGAAACUAUUCAGUAGACACUUGUUUGAAUGUUUUAUACAUAAAAAUAUGUACCAGACUUUAAAUGUAUUAAGUGGGUCUUGUAAAGGACUGUUUAUUUAGUCAGAAUAGUUUAACUAAUACAUGUAUAAAAAAUCUGUUAAAUGCUCAUAAGGUGGUUAGGUCUGUUAGUGUGAAAUGUUGUGGUUUGUCAACCUACUUU